AUGCCAAAGUCGAGUAGUAAACGCAAGAAGGAGAAGAAUGCUGACUUUAAGAAAACGAAGCUGAAGGUGGGAAAGAAGAAGGCGGUGGCGGACAGUUUCACGGAUACGUCUUUCAAGUCCAAAGCCAUCUCGCUGCCUAGUCAGUCGAUCAGCCACGACAAGACGGCGCUGUUGACGAACGCAAGGAAUGUGACCUUUGUGGAGCUGAUGACUCAAUUGAAGCAUUAUAGUCCAGGAACCAGGAAGGAUGCGUUGUUGGGAUUGAGGGAUCUUUUCCACCGACACCCGCAUUUGUUGCCGCUUCAUUUGGGUGUGCUCGUUAAUUCUAUUGUUCGUUUGUUGAUCGACGACUCGCCUGUGGUCAGGAAGGCGUUGCAGAACUUUUUGGGCGAAUUCAUUCCGAUGCUGCAUGCGCGCGAUAUCCACCCGUUCUUGCCGCUGUUGAUCGUUUAUACCUGCUCGGCCAUGACUCAUAUCCUGGACGAUAUUCGGGAAGAUGCGCUCAAGUUUAUGGAUCUCUGGGUUGCUGCUGGUGGGCAGGUUGUCGUCAAUGGGUUCUGGGAUAAGAUUAUUCCAAACUAUGUGUCAAUGUUGACGUCGGACUCGAACGCGUCAACCAGCUCGAAGAACGCCAGCGCAAUGUCAUUCACGGCCUCGGCCAACAGCGGGAUGGCCACUCCUUCAUCAUCCAACAGUGGAUCUUCAGGAGUCGUGGCGAGCGCAAGUGCAGGAAAAAACGCCCCCGGAUCCAUGAAAGCAAAGUGCGAUGUUCUGGAGAGUUUGGCGGGGUUCUUGCAGGAGGGUCUAGGUGGCGAGGGAGGUGACAAGGAUCCAUAUUGGUUUUUGAGAAACUUUUUGGGGACUGCUCAUGCUCGCAAGGCGUUCAAUGCUGCACGGACUCAGCGUGGUGCUCAUGAGGAUCUCUCGAAGGGUAAAGGCGGCAAGAGCUCUAAGAAGCGCAAGGCGUCAUCUUCUUUGGGAGCGUCCAAGAAUGGUCGGUCUGUUCGCAAAAAGACGAAUGGCGAGGAUGAGGAGGAAAGUGACAGCGAGGACGACAGUGAUGAGAGCGAUUCGGACUCGGAGGAUGAAGGAUCGUCGGAUACCGCGACAGAGGAUCAUGCAGACAACCACAACGACAACCCAGAAUCGCUUCAUUUUGACUCAUCACCCAUCAUCUCGUUCGGAAACUCUCACAGACACCAUCAACCCCUGUCGACUUUCCCUAUGCACCCCUCGGUGUCGCGUUCGUCGAUGGCCCAGUCGAUUUGGGGUAACCUGACUCGGGAUGCAGCAUCUGCAGGAGGACAGCAACAGGACUCCAACGCCCGCACCAGUAUUGCCAUCAAGGUUUUCCACCAACAAGGAGGCGCUAGUGCUUCAGGAGCCGGUGCCAACGCGGGAGUCAGCGGAAGUGGCAAGACCAGUGGCGAUCAGAUGGGAGGUGUCCAGGGCCGACUUUCUCAGAUUAAGCCCCUGAUUGCGACUCUGCACCCACUGUUGCUUUCGGUCUGGUUGGAUACCGCACCAACAGUAUUUUCAUCGACAACGACCAUCCAUUCGAACCAUUCGUUGACGGUUGUGCAUUUGGUGUUGAGGAUCUGGGGUAUCUUGUGGAGGGCUGCUUUGGCUAUUCCCAAGAAGAAGACUACUGCUGAGACGGAUGAGGAGCGGGAGCAGGAGAGGGAGGAGGUUCGGUGGCUGGAUGAGUUCUUGCAGAGUUUGUUGCGACAUGUCUUGAUUUACUUUCCCUUUGGCAAAGACACCGUAGGCAUGAUCGACUCCAAGGUGUCGGUGUUGCUGCAGGAGAUGAACACGACGUACUGUGAGCUGACAUCAUUAUUCUUGUUGGGAUCGGGAGUUGGACGGACACAACUCAUGCGCAAGGAGCCAUCAGCAGUUGCCCCCUCGAACGACAAGAAGUCAAAACGUCAACAGGCCAAGGCGGAUCUGAAGCUCAAGUCUUCCAAGCGACUCUCGAACAAAGACGCCAAGAAGCGACAGGUGGCCUCUGUUACUGCCUCUGCUGCAGCUGCAGCUGACUCUUCGGACUAUGAUAGUGAGGAUGAUGAUGAAGAGUUUGCGGAACACGAUCGGGCUGUGGCUGCGGCUGCUGGAAACGGGAAGCAGGAGAUGUUUGUGGCGGUUCAGGUUGUUACACCCCCUUGGGCAGACCAGGUUGUCGAGUUUGUGUUGGAUACUCUUGGAUGGUCUAACCCUGAGGACUCUGAUUCAGAUGAUGAGGAUGAGGACGAGGCCAAGGGCUUGUCGUCGGCGUUGACAGAGAUGAGCGGCAUGUCGACGGAUUUCAAGUCUCAGCAUCUGGUAGCGCUGCUCCCUACGCUGUGGACACUCCUGAAUUGUCUGGAGACUAAGCGGCGGGAGUGGGUCUUUGAGGCGCUGAUGGCUUUCUUUCACCAGGCACAUGUUCAGAGCGGGUCUAAGCGGACGAUCCUUCAGUUCUUGGCGCUCGUGAUCAAGUUGCAGUCGCACCCUCAUUACACAGGAUCGUUUACGAUUAACGUGCCCGGAGCGCCGCGUCAGGGUGGUGGUGGAAGUAAUCGGAAGGCGUUGUUGGGACUGGCAAAGAAGGAUAGGAAGGAGCAGCAGGCUUCGAUUCGGAAGCUGUCCAAGCUUUUGGAGACCAGUUUAUUGAAGCUGCCCAAGCUGUUGUGGGAUCUGGGCACGGAGCGGAUCGAGACCAGUCAGACUGUGUUGGAUCUGUUGGCGUGGGUCACCGUCAUUGCGGGCGAGUCUUCUGCGUCGUCGUUAGAGGAAAAGGGAGGCGCGGCUACUACGGGAGCGUCGAUUAAGGAGGCUGAGCGGGCACAGUUUGUCAAGACUUUGCAGAGUUAUAUGUCACUAUUCUUCUGUGUCACUGUUGCGGCGCCCAAGGGAAGUGAUGCGGCGACGAGGACAAUUAUGGGUCCGUUUGUGAAGCUCCCACCUGCGCUUCAGAGACGUGCGAUUGAGAUUGUGUUUUAUUCGGGUGUUGAGCUGCCCUUGGAGGAGAGCGGUAAGAAAGUGAGGGGGAAGAAGGGUGAGCAGAAGCAACAGGUGCCUCUUCUCGCUGCCGUCAAGUCUUGCUGUCAAGUGGGCGAACUUUCGGAGGAGACACGGUUAUACAUUCAGGAGACAUUGCGGAUCAAUUAG